AUGGCUAGAGGAAAGGCCCUGGACCAGCCCGACGCGGGCUUAAAAGGCCUGGACCAUUAUCAACAGAAACUCCCUAGAUGGCGGUACAAGCUACGGACUGCCCUGUUGCCCUUGGUGCGGUGGGAAACGCCUUAUCUUGCUUGGUUCCAGGAGCAAAUGCGCAAUCCAUCUCUUGAUUCUUGGUUUGCGAUCACCGCCAACCUAGGGACCCAUACCUUCUAUAUGAUAAUGCUACCUGUUCUUUUUUGGUGUGGCUAUACAGAGGUCGGUCGAGGAAUCGUCCAUCUCUUAGCAUCAGGCGUCUUCAUCAGCGGCUGGUUUAAGGAUAUGUUAUGUCUUCCUCGACCUUUGUCUCCACCUCUCCAUCGAAUUACCAUGUCUGGCUCCGCGGCGUUAGAAUACGGGUUUCCCUCUACUCACUCGACCAAUGCCAUCUCAGUCGUCGUUUACGGACUUUACCUUUUAAACUCGCCUGACUCGACUGUCGAUCCGGUUGCGAGAAUUAUCUUCCACGUUAUCCUGUAUAUAUUCGGGACAUCCAUUGUUAUUGGGAGGCUGUACUGCGGGAUGCAUGGGUUUUUCGACGUUAUCACUGGCAGUUUCCUGGGCGCUUUGUUGGGCUAUGUACGAUGUUCAUACGGGGAGAGCUAUGACGAACUUAUCUAUUCGGGCUCGAUAAAUGUGAUAUUUGCAGUAGUUGCGGUUGUUCUUGCAUUGGUUCGAAUGCACCCUGAGCCCGCAGAUUCGUGCCCUUGCUUCGACGAUAGUCUUGCAUUCGCAGGGGUGUUGAUGGGCGCGGAGUUCGGGAACUGGCACUUCGCUCAAACCACUUUUGCAAGCAAUGACCCUUAUCCAGGGACGGUUCCAUAUGAUUUGGCAAAACUCGGUUGGGCCAAAACUAUUUUGCGGAUUAUCCUUGGAGUCGUGAUUGUCUUCUUGUGGAGGGAAAUAAUGAAACCAUCCCUUCAUAAGUUGCUGCCGCCUGUAUUUCGAGUAAUCGAACGGCUGGGCCUCAAUCUUCCCAGAAGAUUCUUCAUUCUCGCAUCCGAAUAUGAAAAAGUCCCCGGCCAUCUCAAAGAUGACGACGUAAUCCCCAAUGUCUCCGAAAUCCCUUCCAUCCUCACCUCAAUCCGCCACCCGCGCAGAAGAGCAGUUUCCGUAGGCCCUCAAUCAGAAGCAGACGCCUACGAGACACUUGCUUAUCGGGAGAAACGACGACGGGAAAGCAUCUCGUCUAACCAAUCGCGCAGCGUCAGUGCUGGGCGCAGACUUCCUCCGACGAUCGAGGAUAAGCGAAACAAGCAUAACACGUCGCCCGCCGCCGCCACCGCCGCCACCCCUGGGCGACCCGGAAGCAGGAAAACCAAUACGGCAGCGACGGACGGCAACUCGUUUUCGCCACCGGUCAUCAGGACCCCACGCAAACUUGAUGAGUAUGAACAUAUGAUGGGGACGGGGACGCCUGUCUUCAACACGGAAGCCACACUGAACAUGCAUGAUACUGGCGCUGGCGCGGACGUGAAUGUGAAUGUAGCCACGGGUGCAGCAGACACUCUUGAAUAUCAGCUCGAGGCGGAAGAGGAGAAGGAGAUGUUUCGAAAGAUCACACCCGCCGCGAGUACGGUAUGAUGUGGAGGUUGUGACGAAGUUGGUUGUGUAUUUUGGAAUUGGAUGGCUGGCCGUGGAGUUUAUACCCAUUAUGUUUCAGCUGCUUGGAUUGGCUCUCUAGAAGUUUGUUCAGACUAUUUGGCACAUACACGACACGCACAUCACUAAAAUUUCGCUUUCUCAUAUGCAUGCGCAUAUAUAUCAGCAGGGCUGAUGUGACUACUAGAACUGGGGAUG